GAAAAAACUUACCUUUCAUAUCCGCUCGCCGCCAUCGCCACCGCCUCCGCCACGGCUAUAAAGCUCCGCCCUUUGGCCGGCCCGCUCCUCCUCUCUUCGUCCGGGCAGCGCCUCUCGCCUCCUUCCUUCGUCCUUGGUCUGUCCUGGCUGCGUGGUGGUCUCCGUGCCGGCCUCCGAUUCCAAAUCCAGCCGCCCGCUCGUGCCCUGCUCCCUCUCCGCUUGCAGGGCCGCGCCGCUCCCCGAGGACGCGGGCGGGCGCCCGGGCCUCGCCCCGCGGGGCUCGGGCAAGUGGCGGGCGACCGGCGCCGUGCGCCAGCUGCGUGCGCUCGUCCUCGACUCGUGCCGCUCCUCCUCUUGCGUCUGGUGAGGCGACUCGUCCUCUGUUCGUGCCUCUCCUCGUUUCGCGUUCGGUGAGGCAGUUUGUCCUGGAUUCGUGCCUCUUCUCCUCUCGCCUCGCUCAAUUCGUCCUUGCUCGUCCUAUGUUUCUCGUCCUCACUCGAUUCAUCCGUCGUUUAGAGUAGAAGAACCUUGUCUGAUUUGUUUCAUUUUGCUCGUCCUCGAUUCGUCUGUUCUGAAGCGCGUCUGAUUUGUUUGAUUUUGCUCGUCCUCGCCGUCGGCCGUUUAGAUAGAAAUCGCGCCUGGUUUGAUUUGCUCGUCCUCGCCGUCGUCGUUAGUUUAGAGUCGCGUGUGCUUUGAUUCUCGCUCGGCCUUGUCAUUGCCCCGCGUGUUCUUGGGGCCGUCUUGUCGGGGGUCUUCGUUCCUGCGACUCUGGGAGGAAGCGAGCGAGCGGUCUAUCGGUUUGGGUCACCGUCUGGUUUGCGAGCUAACAAGUCUGCUUGAGAAACUUGUGCGCGCGCUACUGUUAUCUGACGAUCCUGUGUUUCGUGUUCACGGUGGAGCGAUGGUUCCCGUGUUUCUGUUUGAGAAACUUGUGCGUGCGCUUCUGUUAUCUCACGAUUUCGCGUUUCGUGUUUGCUUUGGGGCGACGGUUGCAGGAACGAUCGGUUCUGGUUCCGAAAUUGGAGCAGUGUCAGAUCGGUUUCUGUGUCGAUUCUUGUUCUACCGGCAGUCGUGUGUGUUCCCAUCCUAGAUGCAGAGAAUCCUGUUCUUGUUUGUUGCGGUUGUUCUGAUGCUGUUCUUUUCAAUUGUUUAUUGUUAUCAUGUUUGCUUAUCUUCCCAUAUGGCAUGAUUGAUUGUUUGUUGUUUGUUGUUUGAUUGAUUGCCUUGAGAUGGAUUGUUGUUUGUUGUUUGAUUGAUUGCCUUGAGAUGGAUUGUUGUUUGUUCUUUGAUUGAUUGCCUUGACAAGGUAAAAACCUAGGCCAAUUGAUUGAUGUUUGUUGCCUUGAGAUGGUAUGUUUCUACAUGGCACCAUUGAUUGUUGUUUGUUGCCUUGAGAUGGUACAUGUUUAUAUGGCAUGAUUGAUUGAUGUUUGUGUAUUGUUAUUAAUAUUGAUUGCUAUUUGUUGAUUGGUAUCUAACUUUGGUAUAUGUAGUUCCUGAACAUAGGUAACAGACCUAGCACUACUCUUUUUUCUGAAUUAUUUGUGAUUAUGUCUUAUGUGGAUAUCAUAUUCUUUUUUUAGUAUUACUGUUGUCCAGUCCUUGGAAUAAUGCUUUUCUAAGUAUUUAAGGUACAUACAUGUUGAUCUGGACAUAUCACAUUUGCUCUUUAUUAUGUUGCUAAGGACACUGAUGGGUUGAGUUGGCAUAUAGCACAUGCAUAUUUACAUUCUUUACAUUUUGCGAUGCUGAUGCCUGUAGUCCCAAAGCAUUCAUUUACCUGAUAUUUGCAUGGAUGUUUCCAUGAUGGCUAAUUUGAUUCAUUAUCGUUGUUCUGAUGGUGUGCUUCUGGUGGUUUAACUAAAGUCGUGGAUCGCUCAUCAACCUGAAGGUUCUUAACCCUGAACUCAUCAAAGGUCCUUGGACUCAAGAGGAAGAUGACAAAAUUAUUGAUCUUGUAAGCAAGUAUGGACCAACAAAAUGAUCUCACUGCAAGGACCUGCAGAAGGACCCUCCCACCUCAGCGCAGGUCCUGUAAGUGAGGACAUGUUCCACUGGCAGGCCACUAUCAUGGGACCCUCGGACAGCCUAUUUACUGGUGGUCUAUUUUUGGUGAACAUCCAUUUCCCACUGGAUUAUCCCUUCAAGCCCCCGAAGGUCUCUUUCCGCACCAAGGUGUUCCACCCAAACAUCAACAACAACGGCAGCAUUUGCCUCGACAUUCUCAAGGAACAGUGGAGCCCGACUUUGACCAUAUCAAAGGUCCUCCUGUCAAUCUGUUCGUUGCUGACGGACCCCAAUCCCAAUGAUCCUCUGGUGCCUGAGAUUUGUCACAUGUACAAGACUGAUUGGGCCAAGUAUGAGUGUGCCUGGACACAGAAGUACGCCAUGGGUGGAUGUAUAGGCAAGCAAUGUCGAGAGAGUUCUUCUCACCUAUAGCUAAAGUCAAAGACGACAAACCAGGUGACUUAUUGGAGUUGCAGGACUACAAAUCAUCGGUCAUCUAAAUCUUCAUUUGCAAAUAUGACUGCCGGUGCUGCUGAUGAUGUAUGAAUGGCUUACCUCUCCUCCUCUCGCGUCUGUUGAGGCAAUUCGUCCUUGGUUCGUGCCUCUCCUCCUCUCGCGUCUGAUCCAUAUCAACGUGCCCACACUAUCGGAUGAGCAUAAAGAUGUUAUGAAAAAAUGCGGUGCACCAAACAAGAUUGACUUCCUCUCUCUUUCUUAUACAAGGCAUGCAGAAGAUGUGCGGAAGGUAGUGAUGACAUUCUCCUUGGUGCUGAGACUUGCCAUGGGUUGUAUCCAGUUGAGACUAUUUCAACAGUAGGCAGAAUUUGUGCUGAGGCUGAGAAGGUCUUCAACCAGGAUUUGUACUUCAAGCGAACCAUGAAAUACGUGGGAGAACCCAUGACCCACUUGGAGUCUAUUGCUUCGUCUACAGUGCGGCUGCUAUCAAAGUUAAGGCUUCGGUCAUCAUUUGCUUGACCUCAUCUGGGAGGGCUGCAAGGCUAAUUGCCAAGUACAGGCCCACCAUGCCAUUCCUCGUCUGAAAACAAGUCAAUUGAAGUGGAGCUUCACAGGCACAUUUGAAGCAAGACAAUCACUCAUAGUUAGAGGCCUCUUUCCCAUGCUUGCUGAUCCACGUCACCCGGCUGAAUCUACUAGCACUACAAAUGAAUCAGUGUUGAAGGCUACUCUUACCUUAGCCAGAAUUUUUAUAAGAAUGUUGCUCAUGUUACAUGCCUUCCUUUCUCUAGUAAGUAGAACAAGAAUACAUUUAACAUUUCUUUUAUGUCCAUAUGCGUACGCUCAUGAUAUUUUGAAUUGCAAACUAAAUUCUAAAUAAAUAAGCACGCGUCUCUGUGCCUACAGACUUGUGGGUAGUGAUGAAUAUAAUCACUUAAUCAGCCUCUAACUAGCUUCCUAUUUUUAGGAACGAAGAUCUGAAUCACCCUCACCCCUCUAGAGAGAUUAGUUUACA